AUGAGUGAUGACGACGACACUCACACGCAUGAUGUAGAAACCCAUGCGCAACUAACGCCAAAGGCCAAGAAGGCCAGACGCGCAAAGCGCACGUCGGUCGACACCCCAAAGCGAGGCUCCCUUUGGGAUGACGAGAGUGUCCAUGAAUUGUUCCGACUUCGGUGCAAGUCGCAGUUGGCCAAGCGUUUCGACUCGAAAAACAACGCCGAGAAGAAGGCGGCGUAUGUUAUGCUGGCGGUGGAGUUGAGCAUGUCGACGGAGAAAGAGUUUUCCGUUGCUCAAGUACAAGACAAGCAAGACUGGCAAUGGUCCAGCUAG